AUGGUCGGUGCACAGGCUGUAAAGGGCAGCAACACUAUAGAGUGGGGUGGGAGAGUUGCUCUCUGGGGUGUCAUACCGCUGUGGCGCGCCGCACCGCCUCCCAACACUAUACUGGCUUUGAGGAAACCAACGCCAUCUGAUUGUUGGCCUUUUAGCGGAUCGACUGGCGAAGUUAUAAUAGAGGUUCCUCAAUACGCUCAAGUGCACAGUAUAAGUGUCGAACACAUAAGACCAGACACAGCGCAAAGUGCACCGAAGGACUUUAUAGUUUACGGAAUCCUAGAAAACGGUACCUGGACAAAAGCGACAGACGGAACAUACCGGUAUAAUAAGCCCGCGAAACAAUACUAUUCAUUAGACAAUAGCGCUCCCUUAAAACGCAUUGUUUUCAGAGUUUUGUCCAACCAUGGCAAUCAACAAUAUACUUGUGUUUACAGAGUUCAUCUCUAUAGCGAUUCAAACACUUGA